CCAGACCGACGAUGUACAUACAGUGAUGGCGAAAAGCUUGCCCUCGCUCUGAGCGAUCAAUCAACUUGUUUCCGCAUUUACCGUAUCUUUUGUAUAUACCUUAUCAUGGCCGGUUCCAAUGACAGGCAACUGCAAGACUUCCUCGGUGCCGCAUCGAAUAUGACGCCGAAUGAGACAUCCGAAGCCGAAGACGCAGGGAGCACCUCGGAGAGCGACGACAUGGACUACGAGCCUCCCACCCACGAGGAGAGUGACCAAGUACACGAACAGGCUUUUAUCCAGAGCAUUCUAGAAGCGCACGCAGGGAACAUGGACGAAGAAGAAGGCGGUGGUGAAGACGAUGUGCAAUUCGACGAGAUCGAGGUCGAGAUCGAGGAGGCCGACGACGACGACGAGGAAGGAGAAGAAGAAACAGAGCGAAGUGAGCCCUACUACAUCUUCACAAUCAUCCAGACUUUAUUACUCAUAUUGCGGUUCGAAGCCGAACGGCAGAGGAGACAGGUUAUACGCUUGCUAGCAAAUUCCGAGAUAAGGAGACUCUUCCGCUUUGCUGCAAAUGACUUUAUUCUCGGUAACGAUGACGACGAUGAGAAUGGAGCGUUCAAUAUUCAGCAAUUCAGACAGAGGAGAAGAGCGCAGCUCGACCCCAAUCGAUUCCCGAAAGUGCCCAGCGAGGAGGGGGCAGAGCUGAUGAAUUCCGGCACCUUUGGCUUCAACGAAGCACAGACUGUUAACACUGUCAAUACGACGAAGAAGAAAAAGCUGGCGAGGAGGAUAUUGGACAGAGAGUUGGCGACGGAAGACUAUGCUCAGCAAAGAAUCAACCAAAGGCUUAUGGCCCAGGGAAUGAUACCCUCCUCUAAUGCAGAUAUAAUUAUCCAUUACAAUCAACCGGUCUACUCUGGACAAUUUUCAGAUGACGGAAACUUCUUCUUCUCGGUCAACAAAGAUUAUCGUGUCCGAAUGUACGACACGUCAAAUCCUUACAAAUGGCGUUACUAUAAAACUGUCGAAUACCCCUUUGGACAGUGGACACUCACAGAUGCCUCUCUGAGUCCGGACAAUAAGUACCUUGCAUAUACGUCCAUUCGGAGCACUGUCUGCCUUGCACCAACCGACCCAAAUGACCUCGGAGACCCAUAUAGUCUUGAUCUUUCAGAUACGGGAAAUGGUCGUAAUAUGUCACAGCGCGCAAGAUAUGAUGGCUCGUUCGGUAUAUGGUCUAUCCGGUUUUCAGGUGACGGACGAGAAUUGGUUGCUGGAGCUGAAAGUGGCUGUAUAAUUGUCUAUGAUAUUGAGUCACGCCGCACUCUUCAUCGAAUCUUCGGCCACGAUGAGGAUGUCAAUGCGGUCUGCUUCGCUGACUCUUCCUCGCCACACAUCCUGUACUCGGGAUCUGACGAUACGACCAUCAAAGUAUGGGAUACCCGCAGUAUGGGUGACAGCCGUGAGGCUGGAGCUUUCGUCGGUCACAUCGAGGGUCUAACAUACAUUGAUAGCAAAGGAGAUGGGCGAUAUAUCCUCAGUAACGGUAAGGAACAAAGCAUGAAGCUUUGGGAUCUCCGCAUGGUGAUGUCCCCAAGAGAUUUCGGUGCUCUCAGACCUAGUCGGCGGAGAGCAAUGGAACGAAAUUUCGACUAUCGUUGGGGAGCGUACGACGAGGAUGACUGGUACCGCGAUCCUAAUGACAACUCUCUCGUAACUUUCAGGGGUCAUCGCGUGUUGAGGACUCUGAUCAGAUGUCAUUUCUCUCCCCCGGGAAGUACGAAUUCAAGAUACGUCUAUUCAGGCAGCGAGGAUGGCCAAGUCUAUAUCUGGAACAUGGAUGCUACCCUUGCGGGCAAAGUAGAUGUCUAUGGGGCGACGAAGAAUUCUCGACCACCUCAUAGAGGGCACGAAAUGAUGGGUGCUAAUCUAACAUGGAAGACGUGCGUUAGAGAUGCGAGCUGGCAUCCCAAUGCGCCUAUGAUCGUUGCAUCGGCGUGGAACGGCUAUGGCAUGUCUACUGGAACCUGCACUGUACAUUCGUGGAAUGACGGGGCGGAAGAAGACGAGGCCGAGCCAAGAAUGGGUCUCAGAGUAGACCAGAAAUUGGAAGUUGAUAGUUCAUUGUACGGAGCCGGGCCGGAGCCACGGUCUUCUGGCAUGCGGCGACGGGGUCUAAGAGCGUAUUACCGGGAUAUGGAUGAUGAUGAUGACGACGACGACGAUUAAAUAGCCCAUCAGAUAAACAACGAGGGCUAGGGGUGGUCCUUCUUUAUAGGUUGUAUGUAAAGCAGGUACAUAAUUAUGUACAUACCCUGGCUUGAGUGGUGGUUAAGUUGCUGUAUAUCAGUUUGGCGGC